AUGGCGAGGUGAGAUCUUAAUCCUAAUUCGGCACGGAAAGGGGUUGCCAGAAAUUUUAUAAUGCAAUAGUGCACAUGUCUCUUUUUUGACGUGGAUUUGAAAUUAGCACAUCUAGGGUUUCCUUUGAGUUCACGUCGUGAAUAAGGGAAGAUUUCUACCGUAUUCGAGCUUUUGUAUUAGGGGCGCGUUUGACUGCAAUCGCGAUCUACCGCACACCACGUGAAUUCAGUGCUAAAUUGGAAAAGAUCGUGGUCGCAGCCGGGUUUUCACGUGGGAUUGCGGUAGAGCGCGAUUGCAGAAAAAUGCCACCAUAAUAACUUUAUAAUAAACACCCGCGUAACUUUAUUAACAUAGGACACAGAGACGAGAGAUCAAAAGCUGAUCGUUCAGAUGAUCUUUCGAUCGUUUGAUAACUUUGGUUGUGACUUCUUCUCUUCUUUUCGUUUUCGUCAGAAUUCUGUGGUCGACCCUCGGCGUUUCUCUUUUUUGCGCGUCGAAUUGAAUCCCGUCUCUGCUCGUCUGCCACUCUCGCACUUGCCUGCUCUUUCUAGCAUUUCUCGUUUUGCACGUACUUUGCGCGUCUGCUGUGCGCCCGGCCCUUGGGCUUUCGAUUUUUUUAGAAUACGCCAGCCAUUCUUUAGCUCUUUCUCCCAAAGCGUAGCGCCCGUCUUUGGUUUUUAUUAGCCAUAAUCUAGAUUUUCAAGGGCCAUUCCUCCUUAAACACCUUAUGCUUUCCUCUUUCAGCAUGGCCAGCACUAUCAAGGAAGUGUUCGCGGAGAUCGCUCCGGUUGUCGAGAACAGCCACGGAAAGGUGACUGUCGUCGGAGUCGGACAGGUAGGAAUGGCGUGCGCCUACUCGAUCCUCCAGCAGAACAUUGCCAACGAACUGUGUCUCGUCGACGUCGUUGCCGACAAGCUGAAGGGAGAGAUGAUGGAUCUGCAGCACGGGCUCGCGUUCACCCGCCAUUGUACUGUCAAGGCCGACACAGGUUCGUUUCCCAUUUCAAUACCAGAACGAAGAUAGUUUCUUGCAGACUACUCGAUCACUGCUGGCUCCAAGCUGUGCGUCGUGACGGCAGGUGCCCGCCAACGCGAAGGAGAGACCCGUCUCUCGCUGGUCCAACGCAACGUCGAGAUCUUCAAGGGAAUCAUCCCGCAACUCGUCAAGUACUCCCCGGAUACUUGCAUUCUCGUCGUCUCCAAUCCGGUCGAUGUGCUCACUUACGUCACCUGGAAGCUCUCUGGACUUCCGCGAGAGCGUGUCUUUGGCUCCGGAACCAAUCUCGACUCGGCUCGUUUCCGUUUCUUGCUCUCUGAGAAACUGAACAUUGCGCCGACCUCCUGUCACGGAUGGAUUAUCGGAGAGCACGGAGACUCGAGUGUGGCCGUCUGGUCGGGAGUCAACGUGGCAGGAGUUACCCUCCACGACGUGAAGCCGGAUAUCGGAGAGAAGACAGACAACGAACACUGGGAGGCUGAAAUCCACAAGAAGUGGUCGACAGUGCUUACGAGAUCAUCAAGCUGAAGGGAUACACCUCGUGGGCCAUCGGACUGUCUGUCGCUAAGAUCGCCCAGGGAAUCUUCAGCAACUCCCGUAAUGUAUUCGCUCUUUCCACGAACGUCAAGGUAUUUGUAAUUGAUGUCCUUCUUAUUGUAACCAACGUUUCCAGGGCUUCCACGGCAUCAACGACGACGUCUACCUUUCCUUGCCAGUCGUCCUCGGAUCUUCCGGACUCACUCACGUCGUGAAGCAGAAUCUGACGGAGGCCGAAAUUGCCAAACUGCACUCUUCCGCCGAGGCUCUUCUCGAGGUUCAGAACGGUAUCGUAAUGUGAAUAUUCUCAUAAAUAAUUUGCUUCUCACCGUCCCCCAGCAUAGUACUCGCCCCCAUUUUAUUCUCAGAAUCUCGUUGAAAUGAACCUUUUGAUAAAGACUAAUAACAACUGCUUGCAUUGAAAAAGAAGGGUUUUUGUUACAUUUUCAAUACAGAUGUGUACAGGAAACAACGUCUUCGAACGCUGAAUAGCCCCAUUAGUUCGUUCACAGCUGCUCGCCGCACAGAAACGCAAUACGUGCUAUUCGAAUUACCGCCGUGUGGUACGGUAUUCGUGGCGAGACUUUUUUCAAAUUCUGAGUAUGCGCCUUUACAAAUCUUGCUUUCAAACUUUUUGCUUUCAUUAAUUUCUGUUUUAUUUUUAAUUUCAGAAGCAUGCGGACGUUCCCGCUUUUAGCGGUAACGUUACUUCUGGUCGGCAUUGUAGCCGCUUCGAACUUUGCCGUCGACGACAUUCUUCAGACAAAUCAGUACAUUCUUAUCAGCCAACAGGAACCAUUUCUCUUUUUCGAAACGAAUGUUUCUUCUGGAGAAUGCCCGAGUUCGAUGAUGUACACUAAACCGUAUGUAAUUGAAUAACAACUAGAAUAUCAUCCUUUCUUUCUAGGACUGAGCCCAAGACGUAUCACCGCAGACUCCAUCUUUUCCGCGACCCCGACGGUUAUUUCCCACCCAGUUUACUGGUUAUUCAAGUCGUGCAAGUCAUGAUCCGAAUCAGUAUAAUUCCUAUCAGUGUUAGAAAUUAAACGUUUAUCAUAACUCCUCAUUCGGUUCAAUUCAGACUGGAAAUGUGUUCGGAGAGGAUAUACGUGAUCGAGUGAAUCUGGAUAGAAACGUCGGCUCUUUAGUGACUUUUGCGACACUAUUUGACAAAAGAAAUUUAGUGAGUUUUACAUGACAACAAAAGAAGACAAUGAGAAGUUCAGACCAACUCGCUUUUCGACACUUUUUCCCGUUCGCUUUAUCUUGAAUUAUCCAAUUCGACGCACUCUAGUAUCGAGGCGUAUCAACUUUUUGUGGAUCCAGGUAGGUUUUCCAUCAGUUUGAUGUCGUUACUGACUCUGGUUCAGAAAAGAACAGUCUGCAAACAAUUUUUGUUGGUCAACAUCGUGUACUUCGCGACAAAACCCGAUUCGACUGGGUGGAAGAUCAGUAUUCCCACAAUUUUUACUACAAAGAACGGUUGGAAGACGGAAAGAUCAGUUUGUUCGAAGUGCCCAUGUGGAAUAGCGUGAAGACCCUUCUCGGUUUGAAGUCGGGAAGAAGGAUCGAUUGGAAUGGUGGCGAUGCGACUCUUCUGGGGUAAGGACUAUUUACAAAUGACUUUGAAAAAAAAACAAAAUUCAGAGCAACGAGCGGUGCUUUGUUGACAACCAUCAACAACAAAUUCACAAAAAGUGUUACUCGCCUUUCUUUUGCUAAUUUCGAGUCGGGAUUGGAGUGUACAGGAGAAGCGCAGGACCAUCCCGAGCGCAACAAAUUAAUUGUUCUCCGGUGAGCCUGUAAUAUGUUAAUCUGUAAACAUUUUUCAAUUUAGUAAUAAUGAUUAUUGCAUGGUUAGAGACGGAACCGAAUACGAUAAGAAAAAGUGCGAAAAAGAGCAAGAAGAGUAUCUUGAAGCUAAAAAAGUCGUAAGCGGAAAAGACGAAAUUCUAUUCGUGAGAGAUCGUUUUCAGGCCGAUGAAUCGGUGAAUGUGGUGAAAUGGUUGAUCAUCGCGUGCUUCGUCCUCUUCGUUCUCAUCAUUCUGCUGUGCUCCUACAUCUUCUGGCUCCGUUCCACUUUCGUUUUCGAGGAAGACGGAAUUCACGAGGUGAUAGCAAAAUUAAUUUAUCUGAGACCAUUCAUAUUUUCAGCACGAGACUGAAGCAUCUAUUUUUGUCGCAAAACAACGCAGCUUUCCGUCGGCAUUCCAAGAGCCGGGCCUUCUAGAUGUUUCCAUCGACAAAUGGAACUGA